AGAAAAAAAUAAAAACGACGUGUAGACAUUCUCUCUUUAUACCCCUUCUCUGUUAAGAAUGUCGUGUCCAGAACCAUACCUAAACAAAAAAAUUGAUAUCAAAUCAAGCGUAAAAAAUAAUGAGUUUUUUUCAAGCAAUGUUGUGAAUGAUUGGACUUUCAAAAACUUUGUAAUAUGGACUGGCGAUAUUUAUGCUAAAAGGAUGAAAUCCCACUUAAAAGAGUAUCACAAUAGCUUGAAUUCCUUACUCAAAAAACAAAAUAUGGAUCGUGCUCUUGUUCAAUAUGUCACCAGUCUUUUAAAUAAAAAGUGGUCGGAUCAUGAGUUAAAUUUGCUGCGCGAGGAGUUUAACGAGAAGCCAAUCAUAGGAGGGUCUAUCAACAUCACGAACUCUGUCGUAAAUCACUCGAACAUCACCAAUAGCCCAUCCGUAUCACUGAGGCAAACCAAGCGUAGAAGAAGUUCAUUGCCACCAUCAGGCAGCGUUGUCUCGGUUAAGAAAAAUAAAGAGACGUACUCUUUAAUUAAGCCAACCACACCUAAUGCCCUUUUUUCUUUGGACAGCCCUUUUUUUGAUGAAGAUAUCAAAGCCAAAGUUGCUGAAAUUGCUCACAUUAAAAUAAGUAACGAGUGCAUUUGUCAAGACCAAUCAUUAGUAAAUGAGUAUUUGAAGAAUGUUGAGGAAAGUAAAGCAAAGUCAUGUAUGAAACGUCUCCCGAAUGCAAUGGCUUUUCUUAGCGGCGCCUUGAACCAGAAUGUCAACACACUCAUAGCUUGGUUAGGUAAAAAUGGAUUCGAAUCCAACCACUCCGAGGAAGAAGACAAAGCAAUACUUUUCAUUCGCCUGGUGUUAACUGAUUUCUAUGCAAAUUGCAUGAAGCCUCCAUUGUUGAACAAAGCAAACGAAAGGACUCCUUUUGUAGAAUAUCUGGUACCCAUAUUUAAAUACUAUAGUGCUGUUUAUCAAAACAUAAACUUCCAAUGGUGUGAGAAAGGUCUAGAUGGCAAUAAGUGCCUGAAAUAUUUCGAUUUGGAAGAUCAAGGGAAAAAACGUCUUGCGGAUGGUAUUGGUUAUGUAGUUGCUGACAACACCGAGAGUAUGCUAAUUGAAUCGUCGGGGGAGGAAAAUGACGAGCAUAGAAAGGGUGACACGAUCAAGCUACUAGAAUGUAGCAUACGAGCCUUAAAGAUGGAAAUGGAAAAGAUGAAAUCUUCUUCUUUUACAACAUAUAAAAAAAGAAAGUUUAUUAGUUACCUCUAUGCCCGUGAUAAGUUGACGAUGCUGGUUACUUCUGUUGUAGAUAAAGACCAUUGGGGAUUUGUUCACGUGAGGGACGCUUUAAUUCCAAGAACAUGGGAGACACGGCUACGUUGGUUAAAAUUGUUUGAUUUGAUGUUGUGCACCAAGGAUAAACUAGAAGAACAGCGCAUUAUAGCAGAGAUGUUAGAAAAGGAAGAAGACGGUUGGAUUGAAGUCUCAGAGGGAGAUUCAAUUCAGGAUAUGCUGAACUUUUAGUUGUUUGAAGUAACUACAAUGUACCAUCAUUUUUUUUUAAAUAUACCCAAACUGUUUACAACAUAGUAUUGAAUAAUCAACUUGCUUAAAUCACUUCAAGUUAAAGAGUAUUGUAUUCAUAAAUAUGCAAACGUAUGUCAAGAUGCUUUAAGCAAAGAAAGCUUUAUAUUUGAGAUGGUAUGAGAAGGAU